CUUAAUUGAGCGCCGAGGCGGGCCGCCAGGCAUCGCUAAGCGAUCAGCCGAGCCGUCGCUGGAAGACCCGUCGCCAUUUUCCCGGAAGGAAGGAAGGAAGGCGGGGGGAGGCGAGCAGAGGCUCUCGGCGGCCGGAGUGGAGUGAGGGUGUCUGUGUGGAGGGUCGUCCGGAUCCCAGCAGCAGGCAUCAGGAAGCAUGUUCCACGGAAUCCCUGCCAACCCAGGGAUGGGAGCCCCAGCCAAUAAGCCGGAACUGUACGAGGAAGUGAAGCUAUACAAGAACGCACGGGAACGAGAAAAGUACGACAACAUGGCCGAGCUGUUUGCUGUGGUGAAGACCAUGCAGGCCCUGGAAAAGGCCUACAUCAAGGACUGCGUCACCCCCAGCGAGUACACGGCCGCCUGCUCCCGCCUUUUGGUCCAGUACAAGGCCGCCUUCAAGCAGGUGCAAGGCCUGGAGAUCAACUCCAUCGAUGACUUCUGCCGCAAGUUUCGGCUCGAUUGCCCGCUGGCCAUGGAGAGGAUCAAGGAAGACCGGCCGAUCACAAUCAAGGACGACAAGGGCAACCUGAACCGCUGCAUCGCAGACAUUGUGUCGCUCUUCAUCACAGUGAUGGACAAGCUGCGCCUGGAAAUCCGAGCCAUGGAUGAGAUCCAGCCCGACCUUCGGGAGCUGAUGGAGACCAUGAACCGCAUGAGCCACCUGCCCCAGGACUUCGAGGGACGCCAGAAAGUCCAGCAAUGGCUGCAGACGCUGAGCGGGAUGUCUGCCUCCGACGAGCUGGAUGAUUCCCAAGUGCGGCAGAUGCUCUUUGACCUGGAGUCGGCCUACAACGCCUUCAACCGCUUCCUGCAUUCCUGAGGAUGAGGCUGGGCCUGGGAGGAGGGGGGGAGGUCUCCUUUGCCCCUCCGGUUCUCUUUCUGGUGUAAAUAACGGUCAGCCUGCGGCAGGAGCCAUGGCAGGGUGUGGGUUUGGGAAGAGAGGCCUUCUCUCUCUCUCUCCCUGGCUGCUGGCACGGCUGAGCCUUCAGCGCUCUCAUUUUCCUGGCCGUAACUUGGAGGGGGGAGGGGGGAAACAAAGAUGCGGGUGUUUUCCCUUCUGCAGCCAGAGCCCUCACGGAGUGGGUGGGAAGCUGCUGACGGCUGUACGGUGCUUGUAUUUAUUUUGAGUUUUGUUUCUGCUUUGGAAAGAAUUAAAUCCCCUUUCUAUGGUAA